AUGGUCGAAUGUGGUGUUGUCGUCGUCGUCGCCUUGAUGAUGUUGUUGGGGGCUGUGGCGAGUCAGACUACGGAGGCUAACGUACAGACAACCAUAUCUCAGCAUGGAACAACACAAUCACGCUUCGAAGGACGUUCUGCAAAGCAAGAUUUGAGGAGUGGCGACAGACUGAACAAUGCCAGUAUGGCUUUUACUCUAGCGAAAUGUACCACUGGUGGAAGUCGAACUGGAAACAAUGCCUCUGAUGGAUGUUUUGACGAUACUUCAGACGACCCACGCAACAACACCGGUGCCAUCGAUGUUAAGUGCAACGAAGAAGACGGUAACAUUACUAUUUGCAAGACAACGAAUUCUAAAAGGGUUUCCCUCAUAUCCAUGGGCUCUCUCAGCAAGGCCAAUUACGUAAAAGGGGAGAAGAUAUGCAGAUAUAUCUUUUACCCACUGCUGACCAGUGCAGUUCUCUUCAACACAUUCAAUCUGUUGGUGUACACGGACCCCGCCAUGAGGAGUCCCACAAGCACCUACCUGAUAGCUCUCGCCACUGACGAACUCCUCUUUGCCUUAUUAUCGUCUGUGAGGCACAUUCUUAGACAAGCAUACGGAACUGACUCAGUCAAGAAGCAAGCAUAUCUGUAUUUUGCUUUGUUUGGAUCAAAUUUCUGUUUGGCAACUCUCCGUGUCCUGAUGUACUGUUUGACUGUUCUGGUGUCCACAGAACGCUUCCUAGCUGUUGCCUUCCCUUUGAACAUGAGAAAGGUGGUAUCUCAGAAACGUGGACCCACAUUAGUGUGGAAUGCCAUUUUAAAAUGGCAUAAACUACAUAAAUCAUAUGCUGAAGCAGCAGUCAAGGACCCAAUCAAGCCACAAAGCCAGUCAGCAUUUUCAUUUGAAGUGGGGAGUGAUGGCUACAUGCGGAAAUAA